CUAAUCAUUAGCCUAAAGUAGUGCUUUCAAGGUGCAGAUAUUUAUUUAUAAGAGAAGAUUAUGGAAAAAUACAAGAUGAUCAAAGUUUGGGUUCUUGUCAUUGUGAUGUUCUACAAUGGUUUUCCAUCAAAAGGGACAAGCAAUAGUAAUAAUGUUACAAGGCCAAGUACAGUUAAUAUUGGAGCAAUUUUUUCUUUUAAUUCAACUAUUGGAGGAGUGGCUAAAAUUGCAAUACAAGCAGCAAUAGAUGAUAUAAAUUCCAAUGCAACCAUUCUCAAUGGAACUAAGUUUAAUAUCUCAAUGCAGGACACAAAAUUCUCCCCUGGAUUUCUAGGAAUUAUUGACUCAUUAAUAUUGAUGGAGAAAGGCACUGUAGCCAUAAUUGGUCCACAGUACUCAGAAAUGGCACAUGUAAUCUCACACAUUGCAAAUGAGAUGCAAGUUCCUCUCUUAUCAUUUGCAGCAACAGAUCCUACUCUCACUUCUCUCCAAUUCCCAUAUUUUGUUAGAACAACACAGAGUGAUCUUUAUCAAAUGUCUGCAGUGGCAGAUAUUGUUGGUCACUUCCAAUGGAGAGAUGUGAUUGCAAUCUUCAUUGAUGAUGAUCAUGGAAGAAAUGGGGUUGCUGCAUUAGGUGAUAAACUAGCUGAAAAACGUUGCAAGAUAUCAUAUAAAGCACCCAUUAAGCCAAAUAAUAUUAGUCAAGAAGAAAUAACCAAUGCAUUGAUUAAAGUAGCUUUGAUGGAAUCUAAGGUAAUAGUCCUACAUUUGUUACCUGAUUUUGGCUUAACAGUACUUAAGAUUGCUCAAUCACUUGGCAUGAUCAAAAGUGGUUAUGCAUGGAUAGCCACUGAUUGGCUUUCUACAAUAUUAGAUUCAAACCCUUCAUUGUUAUUGUCUACAAGCUCUGCCAUGAAUGACAUGCAAGGUGUUAUCACCUUGAGAAUGUACACACCAGAUUCAGAAAUUAAGAGAAACUUUAUGUCUAGGUGGAAGACCAACCUAACCCAUGUAAAUGAUGAUCAUCAUUUGGGAUUGAACAUCUUUGGUCUAUAUGUUUAUGACACUGUUUGGACCUUAGCUUAUGCACUUGAUGCAUUCUUUAGAAGUGGUGGAACUUUGAAAUUUUCAAAUGAUUCAAGUCUAAACACUUUAAGGGGUGAUGGUGAUACCCUUCAUCUUGAUACCAUGGGAAUGUUUCUUAAUGGUAGCAUGUUGCUUCAGAAGAUUCUAGAAGUUAAUCGAACCGGUUUAACCGGCCGAAUAGAGUUUGCCCAAGAUGGAAACCUAAUACAAUCAUCAUAUGAGAUCAUUAAUGUGAUUGGAACUGGGGUUAGGAGGAUUGGAUAUUGGUCAGAAUCAUAUGGUCUUCACACUGGUGAAGAAGUUCCAAAUAAUGGAAAUUCAAGUGAAGGGCUUUAUGGUGUGAUAUGGCCUGGCCAAACAACACAAACACCUAGAGGUUGGGUUUUUGCUAGCAAUGGAAGACAUUUGAGGAUUGGAGUGCCACUUAGGGUUAGCUACCAUGAAUUUGUGUCAAGAAUUGAAGGCACUGACAUGUUUGGUGGUUAUUGCAUUGAUGUGUUUAUUGCAGCACUAAAUGUGUUGCCUUAUACGAUUCCAUACAAGUUUGUUCCAUUUGGUGAUGGUAGAACCGAUCCCGUGAUGUCAGAACUUCUAAAACAAAUUACAAUUGGUGCCUUUGAUGCGGUUAUUGGGGAUAUUACAAUUACUACAAACAGAAGUAAGAUAGUGGAUUUCACUCAGCCAUAUAUAGAGUCAGGGUUAGUGGUUGUGGCACCUAUCAAGGAAUUGAAAUCAAGUGCUUGGGCCUUUCUUAUACCAUUCACUCCAAUGAUGUGGUUUGUCACAGGAAUGCUUUUUCUAAUUGUUGGAGUUGUUGUGUGGAUUUUAGAGCGGCCCUUUAAUGAUGACUUUAGAGGACCAAUUAGAAGACAACUAGUCACUAUUAUUUGGUUUAGCUUUUCAACUCUAGUUUUCGCACAUAAAGAGAAAACCGUUAGCACCCUUGGUCGCUUAGUCCUAAUCAUAUGGUUGUUUGUGGUUCUAAUACUAAGCUCUAGCUACACUGCAAGCCUAACAUCAAUUCUCACAGUGGAAAAACUCUCUUCCCCAGUGAAAGGAAUUGAAAGCUUAGUGGUCAACAAUGACCGAAUUGGUAUCAUGAGUGGCACAUAUGCUGAGAAUUAUCUUAGUGAGGUGUUUAACAUACAUAGAUCAAGGCUUGUUCCUUUCAAUUCUCUAUCUGAAUUUGAGAAGGCUUUGAAGGAUGGACAUGACAAUGGUGGUGUUGCUGCUAUCAUAGCUGAGCGUGCAUACAUGGAGUUGUUCCUAUCAACUAGAUGUGAAUUUGGUAUUGUUGGCCAAGAAUUCACCAAAAUGGGAUGGGGCUUUGCCUUUCCAAGGGACUCUCCCUUAGCAAUUGACAUGUCAACAGCUAUUCUAAAACUAUCAGAGAAUGGUGAUCUUCAAAGGAUUCAUGACAAAUGGCUAACAAGAAGUGCUUGUAGCUCAGAAGGUGCAAAACAAGGCAUUGAUAGGCUUGAGACUAAGAGCUUUUGGGGCCUCUUCCUUCUUAUUGGCAUUGCAUGCUUCAUUGCCCUCCUUUGCUAUCUUAUUAGAAUGACCUACCGUUUUAGGAGGCACUACUCCAAUAGUACCAACCUUGAAGUCCCAUCAUCAUCAUCAUGUUCUUCUUGUCUUAAAUCAUUCUUUUCUUUUGUCAAUGAAAAGGAAAAGUAAGAAAAUAAUAUAAAAGGACAAGUACUACCCUUGUCAAAUGGUUGUGCAUGAACAUAUAAGCAUAGAACAUCAUUGAGUGGCUUAGUGUAUGUUAGUGUGCAUGUUAGAAUUGAAAUGAUACCAUCAUCUCAAAAACAGAAUGAUUAAAGAAUGCAUGAUCUAAAUAUAUGUUUGUGAUAAGACCAAAAUGUUUAGUGUAUGUACCAAAACAUACUCUAAGUCAACGUGCACCAAAAUAUACUCUUUUUCUUACCUGGUACCAAUAUUGUUUAAGAUUUUAUGUAAACUAUCCAAAUCUAAAUCUAAACCAUAGACGAAUCAGUUAUUAUAAUUUAAAUGUAAUAAUGCCAAAUUUAUGUUUGUGAUAAGCACAAAAUGUUUAAAUAUU